UCAUGGAUCUCAGUGUCUAUCCCAAGGGACAAGGAACUAAGCCUUGAAUUAGCUAAAUUUGUUUCGGAAGACUUUCAAAAUUCAAAAAAGGAGUCCAGCCAAUAUGCCAACAGUGAAUUGCGGGUGCACCAAAAAGGAGGCUCGUGUCCAUGUCAUCUACGUGGGCGGCACCAUUGGAAUGAUGCGCAACGACUCGGGAGUUCUGCACACCGUGCCCGGGAUGUUGGCUGAGCGGCUCCACGAAAUUCCCAGCUGCCACGACUUGAAGUACACCAGCCAAGUGCAUGGUAAGGGCUAUAUGGCACUGCCAGCGGUUUCAGGAGCUCCGUAUCGUGUCAUCUACGAUCUGGUCGAGUUCUGUCCCCUGCUGGACUCCAGCUGCAUGGGCAUCUGUGACUGGAAGCGCAUGGCCAACGAAGUGGGGACCAACUACCAGUCCUAUGACGGCUUCGUGAUCCUUCACGGAACGGAUACCUUGGCCUACUCCGCCUCGGCGCUGGCCUUCAUGCUGGAGAAUUUGAACAAACCCGUAGUGGUCACCGGUGCCCAGAUGCCGAUUUUUGAGGCCCGGUCCGAUGGACGGGACAACUUCCUGGGCGCACUGCUGAUAGCAGGGAACUACAACAUACCCGAGGUACUUGUCUUUUUCGGGAACAAGAUCCUUCGUGGCUGUCGCUCCACUAAGCUCAACUCGGACUCCUUCCACGCCCUCGAUUCGCCAAAUUUUGCUCCGUUGGGCCGGGCAGGUGUGAACAUCGAGAUCAACAGCCGUCAGAUCUUCCGUCCCUGCAAUGUGAAACCAUUUUCACUGCACAGCGAGCUGGAGAAGAACGUGGCCCUGCUGCGCAUUUACCCGGGAAUAACUGUCAGUGUGGUGCAGGCCUUCCUCAAGGAUCCUAUUAAAGGUGUGGUUCUUCAGACCUUCGGGGCCGGCAACUUUCCGGUGAACCGUGAGGAGUUACUGGACGAACUGAGAGAGGCGGUCCACCGCGGCGUCAUCGUCGUGAACAUCACCCAGUGUUCGGCGGGCAUGGUUACGAACACCUACGAGACGGGUCAUGCGCUGCUCGAGGUGGGCGUAAUCCCCGGCUAUGACAUGACCCAGGAGGCCGCCUUCGCCAAACUGGCCUACGUGCUGUCCAAGCCGGAAUGGGACGUGGCCAACAAGAAGAAGGUGAUGCUGCUGAGCCUGCGCGGCGAGCUGACCACCAACAAGGUGGCCAAGAUCAACGACAUCGACCUGAUCGAGGGCGUUGCCCGCACCCUGCACAUGUCCACGGGGCUGGAGCGUCAGCAGAUGUGCUCCACCUUCUAUCCCGCUUUGGUGGCAGCUGCCGUCACCGAGGGUGAUGUCCACAAGUUGGGCGAUCUCAAGCAGUACGGUGCCAAUCUGUGCGACACCAACUGCGACGGACGCUCAGCCCUGCACCUGGCCUGUUUCCUGGGCAAGCUGAACUGCGUCUGCUUCCUGAUCUCGUCCGGCUGUCCGGUGAAUGUGCACGAUCGGUUCAAUCGCACGCCGUUGCACGAGGCCAUCGACACGGACAACCACGAUGUUAUCAAGGCGCUGCUCAAGCACGGAGCGAAGUUGAAUGAUCAGCCGCUGGUUCAGGCAGAGCUGCUGCGUGCCCUCACGGAGCGAGGCAAGAUCCAGCGAUUGGAGUCCUUCCGGGUGGCUGGGGCCAAUCUCACGCUGGCAGAUCGAACCGGACGCACUGCCCUGCAUUACGCCUGCCAGUUGGGCAACCACGAGGUCGUUGAGUAUCUGCUGCCGCACUACAAGAAUCCGUACGUAAAGGAUGAGCUGGGCAUGAGUCCCAUUGACUACGCCAAGGCAGCCAAUCAUGCCCACAUCCUUACACUGCUACGAUUCCGGGAGAGCGAGUUGGCCAAGGAGGAUCCUUGUUCCUGUUCGAAUUAGGAUAUAUAUAUUAUAUAUAUUAGACCCAAGUUCCGAAUUUUGAAAUUAAAGAUGCUUCUCUUUUUUUUUGUCAAA